UCUGCAAGUGUUAUUCUCCUCUCCUGUUAAGAAUAAAUCUCCAUCUAAUAUGUACUCUAAGCUAAAGGUAAGACCAGAUCACAUCAUUUCACAAUGUUGGUGACAACCAGAAUCCUUCAAACAAUUUUUACAGACAGAACUAUUUUCUUCUGAGUGCAAACGGCAAGAGAUUAAUUGAUCAAGAGAGGACACGAGUUUGAUCCAGCAUGGAAAAUUCCAACACAAGCAGCCUGAAAAACCGGAUUGAAGAUGAAGAUGAGAUAGAUGAAACCGCAAAUGAAGGCGAACCCAUGUAUGGAAACAGCUCAAGCAACAGCACAGUUGAAGAGAAUAGGAAAAAGACCAAUUCUGGAUCUAUAAGACCAUACAAUCGAUCGAAAACACCCCGCCUUCGGUGGACACCAGAGCUCCACCUUUGCUUUGUUCAUGCAGUUGAGAGACUAGGAGGACAAGAAAAAGCAACUCCAAAGUUGGUUCUUCAAUUGAUGAACAAUAAAGGCCUUAGCAUUGCUCAUGUCAAGAGCCAUCUUCAGAUGUAUAGAAGCAAGAAGAUAGAUGACCCUAAUCAGGUUAUUUCGGGGCAGCGGCUUCUUCUUGAUGGUGGAGAUCAUCGUAUUUAUAACCUUCGUCGGCUUCCUAUGAUGCAAACUUAUAAUCAAACACGUAUUUCAAAUUUACGCUAUGGAGAUGCCGUUUGGAGUCACCGUGCCAAUUCUGUUUAUAGUCCUUCUCACAACGCAUCAAGUAGUAUAACAGAAAAUGGAUUGUACGGAUCAGUUUUUGAGAGGAUUUUUAGAAGAAAUCACAAGGGAUAUAUACAGGGUUCUGAUUUUCACAUGAAUAAGCAAGAAAGAGUAUUCCCAAAUAACCUUUUUUGGCAAAAUCAAGUUGGAAUUAGCUUAACAAACCCAAAUCUCAGUAGCAAAUCGCAAGAUAAAGGCCAUGAAGGCAUAAACCAUUUUCAAACCUCUUUCCCUCGAAGCGAAAAGACAGCAUUGGUGGAUCAAGAAGGUACAUGUCCAUUGAAAAGAAAGAUUUCAGAGGUGAAUCUUGCUCUAAAUUUAUCACUAGAAUCGACACACGACGUCAAUGGGAGUAAUCAUUCAAGUUCGAAGAAUGAUGCAGUAUAUACCAGCUUAUCUCUGUCCUUGUUCUCUUCAUCCUCGACGGAAAAGGACAGAAAGCACGCAAGAAUGGCGACUAGUACUUUAGAUCUGACACUAUGACUGUGACAAUUUCUAAGUGAGAUUUUGAGUUUUUGUCAAUGCUAUUAUGCACAGACUAUUCUGAGGUAAUAUCUGUCCAUUGCUUUGUCUUUAUCUUAUUCUUGAUCUGUAUGCAAAGAUAGGUGGAAUAAUUUAAAUUUAGCCUAAUUGUUAUAAUCUAGGCAAACACUGUGUAAUAUUUUUCUCAAAUAUAAAAUCUUUACAUCGGGAAAA